AUGUGGUUGGGUGUGGUGGGGAUGUGGGGUAUGGGUUGGGGGGUGUGUGGGGGUUGUGGUAGGGAUGUGGUGGGGGGGUUUGUGGUGGUGGAUGUGUUGGUAUGUGGUAGGGGUGUGGUGGGGGUUGGUGGUGGGGGAUGUGGUUGGGUUUGUUUGGGGGUGGUGGGUGGUGAUUGGUUGGGGUGUGGUGGGUUGUGGGGAUGGUGGUGGGGAUUGGUGGGGGUGUGGGGGUGUGGUGGGUGUGUGGUGGAUGUUGGGUGGGAUGUGGUUGGGGUGUGGUGGGGAUGGUGGUUGGGGGUGGGAUGGGAUGUGUGGGGAUUGGUGGGGGGUUGGAUGGGGUGUGGUGGGGGAGUGGUGGGGGUGUGGUGGGGUGUGUGGGGUUGGUGGUGGGGAUUGGUGGGGGUGUGGUGGGGAUGUGGUGGGGGAUGUGGGGGGGGUUGGUGGGGUGUGGGUGGGGGGUGUAUUGGGGUUUGUGGUGGGGAUGUGUGGGGGUUGGUGGGGAUUGAGAGAGAUUAUUAUAUAGGGUGGUGGUGGUUUUGUUGUGUGUGGGAUAGGUAG